CCCUGAGCAGCCAGCCACUCACAGCCCCCGGCCAGACACUACACCCUUCUAGAGGUGAAGACAGAGACAAUGGUUGGUCUUCUCUCCCUCACAGCCAGGACAAGGAGAGACAGCAGGACAGCUGGCCAGUCUGAACGUGGAGAAGAACAGAGACACCCCUCUGAAUGUCCCAACAGAGACAUCUCCAGUCCGCCGAGACGGUCUUUGCUCCUAUCCAGCCAGUUUACAGCCAGAAGACCAUGUGGUUCCUGGAGACAUGGAUUUGAAGCUUGAGAGGCAGUCAGAUAGCCAAGUUGGGGAACCAGGAGCCUCCUGGGAAGACUGAAGCUAUCAGUGACAUUCAGAGCUUUUUGCGGGACAUUGUAGGGGAAAUCAGGGAGGAGGACAACAUGCCUCUGGGUACAGACUUGGGACUACAAGAUGGUGGAGAUCUGUCUGCUGAAGAAAUAAGAUUUCUGGAAGAGUUUCCCAGGUGGAAACAGGAGCAAAAAGUGGUCAUUGCAAAGCUCCGUGCCCUUGCAGAUGUCACUGACACAGCCCACAAAAAUUUCACCAAGGCCAACGUGGUGGCCAACUCCAUCACCAUUGUCUCUGGAGUCCUGAGCAUGCUGGGUUUAGCCCUAACUCCAGUAACAGCAGGAGGAAGCCUGAUAUUUACAGCUGCUGGCCAAGGUGUGCGGUUAACAGCCUCGGUCAUUAGUAUUGUGACCGAUUUGUUGGAAAACUCUCACACUGAAGACACCCGCAUUCACUGCAGCCACCUAGCACCCUCUAGGGACAGAGCAUGCCAAGAGGGUACUGGAGGACAGAGUGCACCUUAUGUCCGAGCUUCUGGAGAGUUAGUGUACAAGUGUGGGAGCACCUUUGAGGUUAUCAGGAACCAUACCCGUGCCCUUAGGCUAGCUAAAGCCCACCCACAUUUGGUCCCUGCAGCCAAACAUUUUCGAACCGCUGGCCGCAUCUCAGGGUCAGUUGGCAGACACGUGAAGAAGGCCUUUAAGUUGACACCACUGACCAUGUCCCAAAAAGCUCUACUGCAGAGUGGUGUGGUGGGUGUCCUGUCCCUUGGCUUGGAUGUUUUCAAUCUCUGGGAGAAGCUGAAGGCACUGGAGGAUAAAGAAAGCACUGAGCUUGCAGAACAGCUAAGGGACCAAGCUUUGGAGCUGGAAGAGGAGCUGUCACAAGCGACGGAGAAGUAUGAGAGGCUGCAGCACAAGAAACACUUGAGAGAAGAAAGGCUUAGAGGUCAUCAUUGAAAGGAGCCAAGGAGACUCAUACUCAGCUCGCAUCCAGGAAUGGGAAUGCAGGACCCCAGGGGACAGGGGAGAAGAAGGCAAGGGGCUUUUGGGGUAGUCUGUGCAACCAAUGCCUGGGGACACACUCUUUUGCUUAAGCACCAGGGCUUCCGUGAGCUGCGUCACCCAGCUUCCUGUCAGAUGAAUGUUCACUUGUAGUCAGUACCCAUGUACAUACAGUCCUCACUAAAACCAAUGCAUCACAAAAAAAUUCCUUAUUUUAUGUAGCAUUCCAGGGAACAAACAGUUGAUGAUGUGCUAAAACACUUUCCCCACUCCCAGGGCCAAUGUGUCGCAGUAUGAAAUGCUCCCCUGUUUAACAGAGCAUGCCCAGCUCAGAGCUGGAUGCACACUACCUUGCCCCACAUUCCACACGUUCAGAGGAAGCCAGGCAGAAUGGAAGGGUGAGAAACACAGGAGGCGGCUGAGUCAGAGUGGAGGCAGAAGGUAGAUUCUGUUAAUAUAGUAUAUUACAUUUAUUGAUUUACAUAUUUUGAACCAUCCCUGCAUCCCUGGGAUGAAUCCCACUUGAUGAGGUUGUAUGAUCUUGACGAUCCUCUGCAUUCUAUUUGCCAGUAAAUUAUUGAGGAUUUUUGCAUCUGUGUUCAUUAGGAAGAUUGGCCUGUAGUUCUCUUUUUGGUUGGGUCUUUCUCUGAUUUCUCUCUCCUACUAUUUCAUUUACUCUAGUCAAUCUUAAGUUUUUUGGGGGUUUUUGCAUCAUCUAGUAGCUAUUGAUUUGAUUUUUCAUGGUCCCUUGCUAUUUUUAAGCAAUCUUUCUUUUUUAUUUGCUAACCAUAAUCCUGUCUUCUAUAUCUGAAAUUCUGUCCUCACAUUCACUUAUUUUGCUGUGGAAACUUUCA